UGCUGACUGCCGAGAGUGAUACACACAGCCUCUCUGGGGGGCACUGGAGGGAGGAGGAGGAGGAGGAGGAGGAGGCAGCUGUUCGAGAGAGAGAGAGAGAGAGAGGCGAGAAACCCUACUCCUUCUUCCAUCUCUCCAAUUCUCGGGGACCCAGAAGAUCUCCAAGCUUCCUCUCUGUACCCAUCUUGGGAGGGGGGUUUCCAUUCCCUGCUGAUUCACGAUGCACAAAUUGGGACGGAGCAACCGUGACAAAGUGCAGCAGUUCAUGGCAAUAACUGGAGCCAGUGAAAAAGUUGCCCUUCAGGCUUUGAAGGCCAGUGAUUGGCAUCUUGAAGGUGCUUUUGAUGUAUUUUACAGUCAACCCCAUAUAAGAACUUAUACUGAUACAAGACACUUGGAGGAGCUUUACCACAGAUAUAAAGAUUCCUAUGCUGAUAUGAUACUUGUCGAUGGGAUUACUCUUCUUUGCAAUGAUCUUCAGGUGGAUCCCCAAGAUAUUGUUAUGCUGGUUCUUUCAUGGCACAUGAAGGCUGCAACCAUGUGUGAAUUUUCGAAGCAGGAGUUCAUAAGUGGACUGCAGGCACUUGGAAUAGAUACCCUGGAGAAAUUCCGUGAAAGGAUACAAUAUAUGCGCUCUGAGUUGAAAGAUGAACAAAAGUUCCGGGAAAUAUAUAACUUUGCUUUUGGUUGGGCAAAAGAAAAGGGUCAGAAAUCCUUGGCACUUGAUACAGCAAUCGGGAUGUGGCAAUUACUUUUUGCUGAAAAGCAAUGGCCAUUAGUUGAUCACUGGUGUCAGUUUUUACAGGCCCGUCAUAAUAAGGCAAUCUCCAGGGACACAUGGUCUCAACUAUUGGAGUUCGCCAGGACUGUGGACCCAACCCUUUCUAAUUAUGAUGCUGAAGGUGCUUGGCCGUAUCUUAUUGAUGAAUUCGUUGAAUACCUGAAUGAAAAUAACAUUGUCCAGACGAGUCACAUGGACGAUCCUGCCCGGCGAUGAUGGGCUGCUGUGGUGCCGACUGUGCGAUUGGUUGAUCUUUAAUCUUCUUGUGGAUUGAGCUAUGUCAGAUUGUGAUUGAAUACUUUAUAUAGCCAACCGGAGCCCCUCUCUCCAUUUCUCCUCUCCUGCUACAGUCUCCCUCUUCACCCAACACAAAGUAGUUAAAAAGAGAGGAAGAGAGAUGAAAGACCUCACUUCCUGAAAGAGUGACUUAUUUUCCUUGGAAACCCAUUUGAUGAAAAUUCAUACAUUAGUAGUGAUGGAAGAUGUGAUAUGGGAGAUUUGAUAUUGUCCAA